AGUUGUCAAACCAAGCUCCUAUUGUACUGGGGCUCCAUAAUGUAGGACCCACCCGACCCCAAUGCCCCCUCACGCGACCCACCAAUGUCGUUCUCUCUCUGUCGGUCUAUUUCCUCCAUAAGGUCUCGAUUCAAUCCGUGCCUCAGAUCGGCCGACGUGAAAUUCCGUUUGCCGCCGGCCAUAUCUCUGACCAAAUUAUUAUACACAGAGAUACAUAUUUAUCUAUAAAUUGGAGUUUUUUGUAGAUUGAACUUGCAGGUAAUUAUGACAAUUUCGGACGAUGAAGACGAAAUUCUCGUUCAAUUCCUCGAAUCGGAGGUCCUGUCCGAAGUGUCCGAUCAGGAAGAUGGGAAAAUGGUUCAGAAGGGAGAGAGUGACAAGAGGGAAGCGAAGAGAUAUAGAGUUGAGAGCGACCAUGGGGAAGGAAAGUCUAUUGUGAUGCAAUCUUUUUUGUCAUCAAUUGAUUUUCAAGCUCCAUCAACAUUGAAGGGUAAGGUUGUGCUUGAUAGUUGUGAGGGUGUGAGCAGUAGAGCAGUGAUAUUCUGCAAUAUCCCUCCUGAACUCUUCCAUCACAUUCUUAAGUUCCUAUCCUCUGAGAUCUUAGAGCAUGUUCACUGGUCUGUAGAUUCCUCAAUAAUGCUGCUUCUGAUGAAUCCUUGUGGCGUCGCCUGGGGAGCUGUAGGAUUCAGGCCGCGGUUGGAGCAUGUGUAUCACUUGUUGAAAGUGAAUAUCUUUGAAGGACUUGUGAGGUUUGAACCUGCGAUUGUUGGGGUUGCACAACAUAUCUGUGUUAUUCUCAAGCAUUGGCAUUCGGAGGUUAAUAACCUUGUGGAGUGUGGUGGGUACUGUAUGCGGUGGGGUCUGCUGCCCCCUACAAAAAAGUUGCGGGAUUGUGCUUGGAAAAAGCUUUACAUUCAGCGUGAUGAAGAGGAUAUGGUUGAGUUUGUUAGAAACUGCCCAUCUGAGUUUAAAGAAUAUUACAUCCAAAUGCAGGUAGCGAAGAGAAGCCAAGCACCUCUUCCUUCUCAGAAAGACGAGGGCUGCUAUGCUAAAGCCUGUUUUAUUAUGAAAUUUGAGUUCUAUUUGCUUAAGUUGUGGAUCAGCCAUGCAUUGAAGAAUGAGAUCUCCUGUCUCCUGUUAACUACCGUUGCUGAUCAAGUAUCCAUAUGGAAGAGAAGCAGAGGCCUGACCGAUAAGGUGGUCUCUGAUCAUGCCUGUUCUGGAGAAACAUGCUCUUACCACCAAAUUGGAGACGCUUUUGUUUGUGAGAAGACUGGACAUGUUCAUGUAUGUGAUGAUACAUGCCGAGAAGUUGUUCUGGACCCUACCAAUGAGCUCUUGGUUUGUACAAUUUCUGGCCACUGUUUUGAUAGAUUACUGUCACCAGCUGAAAUGGAACCAGACGAACAGCCGCAAGGUGGUGUUACAGAUGAAACAGAGCCAUUCAUGGGAUCUGGGCGUUUUGCACGAGCUUACCUAUUGGGAUAUAAUUGUGCUGAUGAGAAGGAACUGGAAGCUGUUAUGAGGUUUUGCUGGUAUUAG